UUAUAAUUAUUUUACUAUGCAAUUAUAGUCGUAAAUAUUAUAUAUUUUUCUAUCAGUGUGGUAUAUAAUGCGAUAAACACUUAAAAAAGAUGUAUACAGCUUUUAAUUCAUAAAAAUAUCUUAAAUAUCAAAUAUUUUAGUUAUUUUUACAUUAAAAUUAUAUUAACCAAUGCAGUUGAUACAAAUAUUAUAAAAUCAGAAAUAUGAUAUAUUCAAAAUACGUGUUGCUUCUGUCCAGUGCUUGCAUUUCUUUUGUAUUGUAUGAUUGACAUUGUUAAAAAAAUAUAAAUAAUAACAAUUUUUUUUUUUUAAUUAAAACUUUUAUAUUUUUUAUGACAACACAGCUCUAUACAAGAUCUUAGUGAAAGAUACACAUUUAAAUUUCAUUCAUCAAUGAUAAUGUGACUAAAUUUUCCGAAGCACAUAACGUGUCUCUCAAACGAUAAUAGAGUUCAUCAUAUCAUAUUUUAAUACAUUUAUAUGAAUAAUUUAUAAUUAUACGCUCGCAUGAUUCUCUAUUUAAGUUUAUCCAUAUUAAGUUUGAAGAUAAUUACCAAUGCUAACAUACUUUUGAUUCAGCUAAAAAUUAUUGAAUUGUUUUUCAAUAAGAAUUAUGAUAAUACAUAGAAUAUUCUUAAACAUCCUGUAUGCACAAAAAAUAUGUAAUACAGAAUCGGAUAAUCAUUAAUGCUUAAGAAUUAUUAAUUCUAAUAUAUAGAUAGUAUAAUGUCUCCUGUUUUGAAUAUGUCCACAAUAAUUGAUGUAUAGUCGGUACGCAAAAAAAUAUAAUUUCUUUAUGCAGUUCACUUCGCGAGUGACAAGUACAGAUCGAAGAGCGCCAUGGUUACUACAUGACUAACAUAUGAUCUCUAAGGCAUUCCUCGCUAUACUUGCAACAGCUACUCGCAGUUUUCAAGUUAAAUGUGUCAGAUAUAAAUCGAAAAAAAAAAGGAAUAACAGUUAUAAACAGAGUUUUCGGAAUUACGUUCAUAAAAUUUAAUGUAGUGUAUUGAUAAGGUAAUAAAUAAUUUUUAGAGACUGUGCAUAUUUAAAUUGUUCUUCUUCCGCAAAAUUUCGCUCUGAUCGCAGACUUAGUUUCAUCACUAAAAUUCCAGAAACAAGCCAAAAGCAAUAUGCGAAAAGGAUGUCGGCUCUUCUACGCUACGGACUUUCAAUCUUUGAUGUAUCCUUGCUUCACCUUCUGCCGUAUUCUAGGAAUAUUUCCGUACAGAAUCAACAAUUCGACUUUUGAGGCUUCAAAAUUAUGUUAUAUUCUGUCGACCAUUGUAUUCUGCGUUUUCUGUAUCUGCGGAAUAAUUACUAUUUAUCAGUUGGAUGUUUCUGGAACAAUACACCCCUUAACCGUACCUAGAUCUCUCGAACGUCACAGUUUUUUUGUGCUCAGUACUUUUGUAGUGAUUGUCACGUAUGUCUUGAGGGGUCCGCGACUGCUCUUACUGCAGACCGUAUUAGAAAUCUCAUCAAAAUUGCCAUUAGAAUCGUAUAAAAAGUUGUCCAAGUUAAUUCACGUCAAGGAUAUUUUCGGUUUUCUUUUCCUUGUCGGCAUGGGAUUGAUAUGCUGCAUUAUGAUGCCUCUCAAUUUAAUCUUAUCAACAAUAUAUUUAACAUAUACCGGCAUGUUGCUAUUUCAAAUGGACAUGUUGUAUAUAAAUUGUGUUUGUGUAUUAAAAAUUUGUUUCAAAAAAAUUAACAACAAUUUAGUAAAGGUGCAAGAACUCGUAAUAAAUGACAAGCCGCAUCUACUCAGGCGAACAUACCACGAACAAAAAAACCCAUUCUUGCUGAUGAAACUUAAAGCCUUGAAGAAGCAACAUCUGAUGGUUAGUGACACAGUGCAGAUGCUGAAUACAAUUUUCAGUUUGCAGCUCGUCGCUACCAUAGUCUUAAGUUUCGCUGAGAUUACUUUCAAUCUGUACUUUUACAUAGUCUUAAUCAUGUCGAAAGAGAAACAAGAGUUAUGGAAUUGGGUGUUCAUCAUGUGCAUUGUAUAUUAUACUAUAAAAAUAGUGUUGAUAGUGUGGGCUUGCGAUAGCGGUAAAGAUCAAGCUGCUAAGAUUGGCAUCACAGUUCACGAUUUGCUUAAUAGUACCAACGAUAAGCAAAUCAAAGACGAGUUGGAACUAUUUUCUAUGCAAAUACUGCACCGAGAAAAUGUGUUUGCCGCAAAAGGUCUCACUAUAGAUGCGAUGCUUCUCACUGCGAUGGUAGGCAGCAUCACUACAUACCUGUUAAUCUUAAUACAAUUCUUGGUUACAUCCCAUUCUUGCGAUAAAAAAGCUAUUAGUAUUUAUGAAAUAGCUUAAUAAGUAGAAAUAUGUAAAAAUUAUUAAUAAAAAAGUUA